AUAAAUAAGAAACAACAAUUACUAAUUUUUAACCACAAAUAUUGUAUAAUAUGAAACUGUGAGAAGAAGGGUUAUGGUUAACAUUGAAAUUACCAGAAAAAUAUAAAAUAAAUAAAAAUUUCUUUUAUAGCUUAAUUAAAAGUAAGAGUAGAAAAUUAAUUAUUUGAAUAUUCAUUGACAAUACUGUUUAUAUCCUAUUUACUAAAGAUUAGAAUUUAGUAAUUACUGUGGGCACAGAGACAAAGCAUUUUUUCAUUGAUAAUGAAAUUAUACUGCCUAUCUUAAGCAAUGUUGGAUUGAAUAAUUUAAAUACUAAGUCUUCAUAAAAUGUAAAAAUAAAUGUUAUUUUUAGAAUUCUUUUUGAAAACUAACAAUUACUUAAUUUCAGAAAUUUGCAUAAUCAAUUGCAUAUUAUGAACAAAUCAUGUGUGGGUGGUUUCUUAAAAAUUAUUUAACAAACUCAUAAUAAUUGAUUUUUUGACUACAUUUUAGUGAACCAUUAAAUUUAUUGUUUGUCUUGCUACUCGGCAUUAGACUUAUGUUUUGUAACUUUUUUUAAUCCUUGAUUAAGUUAAUGAGGUAUGUUUCACUAUCAGAAUAUUUUAUUUUUUUUACGACAUCAUCAUUAUCGUUUUUAUUAUGAGGAUGAUAAAUAAUAUAUUUUUGAGUUUUGCAGUCCAAGCACUUUCACAUUUCAAACGUUGGUAGUAAAAAUGAUAAAAAAAUAAUAUUCAAAAUUUAAACUUGAGAUAGGUACACAUUGCAAUAUUGCAUGCACAGUGUGCACCUUGUAUAUUUUUUUUAUCUCCUUUCAUAUUUGUAUUUUAGUAACUCCAACAAAUAAUCGAUUAAGAGUAUGUUAAUUUUUAGUUGUUCUGUAUUUAUUUCAAUUAAAAUUGUUUAUAUUAUUUACAAAAAUUCUUAUCUCAUCACCAUUACCACCUAUUGACUAUCUAAUGUUUAAGUUUAAACAUAACGUUAUUACAUUUUUAAACAUUUAUUAAACUCACAUAAGUGUUUAUUAAUUCUAGGGAUUUGUACAGGCAUUUUUGAUGAGAUUUAGGAUACCCACCUAUCUACUGGUUUGUAUGAAAAGCAUACCAAAAUAAUUACUUACAAGUUACAAUCCAUCAUGUCGAUGCGUUGUUCGUUUGGUCGUCUAAAUGAUUCCCCCUUAAUAAAUGCCUAGAUAAAGGCUCCUUAAAUGCGGAAAGAAUAAAAAAUGCUUUAUCUGUUCUAUUGAAUUAUUGUAAUGGAUUUGUUACAUUAUUUUACUGUUAUAAUAUUUGAGAUAGUGUUAUAUCGGCCUAAUAGAUAGCGUUGCUCAUACCAUUUUACGUUAAUUAAAUACAACGUAUCUACUAUAUUAUUGUUUUAAUCAGUGCAUUUUAUACGUGAGUGUAGGUACUCAUAGACAAAGAAAUGUUUCGAUACUUUUAAAAGCUUUGAUCGAUGUCUUGUUGAAUUCACAACCGAGUAAAUAAUACGUCGGUAAAGGUAUUUUAUAUCUACUUACCUUAUGUCUUAUUUUUUUUCAAAAACAAUGUUUUUAGCGAAAAUUGACGACUCGGAUAUGAAAGUCUCUCAUUGGUCAUUUGGAUUAUGUCAUAUAAUAUUUAUACGUGAUUUAAAGGCGACUACAAUUAAAGAAGCAUUACUCAAAUGGCAAGAAAUAAACAAAGAACCACUUGCAGAAGCCGUAUAUGUCGGCUUGCAAUUUCAAUGGCCACCAAUUGAAAAGAUGGAUGCUAACCUAUCAGUUUUAAAGAAUUGCGAAAAAUUAUCAUUGAGCACAAAUUGUAUUGAAAAAAUAAAUGGUCUUGACACUUUAAAAAACUUAAAAAUAUUAUCAUUGUCUCGGAAUAACUUGAAAAAUUUUAAUGGAAUAGAAAAAUUGGCUGAUACUUUAGAAGAAUUAUGGAUAUCGUAUAAUUAUAUUGAAAAAACGAAAGGUAUUAUGGGCAUGAAGAAACUGAAAGUAUUAUAUAUGAGUAAUAAUUUAAUCGAUAGUUGGAGUGAAGUGCAAAAACUAUCAAAAUUAGAAAAUCUUCACGAACUAGUAUUGACUGGUAAUCCCAUACAAGAGUCUAUGGAAGAACAGGAUUGGCGUACUGAAUGCAUUAAGAGACUAACACAAAUAUCAAUAUUAGAUGGAAUUCCUAUAAUAAGAGAAUAA